GGCCUCAGCCUUUUUCGUCCCUUUCGUGCUCCGGUGAUCCGGGCGAUUGAUUGCUGACUGGUGAACACAACAAACGCAUUCUUGCUCGCAGGUCCCUGUUUUCGUUCACCAUCCAUCCAUCCAUCCAUCCAUAUCUCCAAUCUGAUUUGGCUUUGCUCUAGUAUUAUAUCCAAAACAUAACGUGACCAACGAGGAGAAGAACCUGAGUCCUGCAAUUUGAAGAGAUUGCGCCCGAGCUCGAGCUUCUUCCACUUAUGGAGAACCAACGCCAGAGCACCCUGAAGUCAAGAUUCAGACGCGUCUGCGUCUUCUGUGGAAGCAGCCCCGGCAAGAACCCCUCCUAUCAACUCGCUGCCAUUCAACUCGGAAAGCAACUGGUCGAAAGGGACAUUGACUUGGUGUAUGGUGGAGGAAGCAUUGGUUUGAUGGGUCUAGUUUCUCAAGUUGUUUACGAUGGGGGCCGCCACGUGUUGGGAGUGAUUCCCAAGACGCUGAUGCCGAGAGAGAUCACGGGAGAGACAAUCGGAGAAGUGAGAGCAGUGUCGGGCAUGCACCAGAGGAAGGCCGAGAUGGCUCGUCAAGCAGAUGCGUUCAUCGCCUUGCCCGGUGGUUAUGGGACCUUGGAGGAGCUCUUGGAGGUGAUCACAUGGGCUCAGCUCGGAAUCCACGAUAAGCCGGUGGGGUUGCUGAACGUGGACGGGUACUACAACUCGCUCCUGUCGUUCAUAGACAAGGCCGUGGACGAGGGCUUCAUCACUCCCUCCGCCCGCCACAUCAUCGUCUCCGCCCCGACCGCGCACGAGCUCCUCGCCGAGCUCGAGGAGUACGAGCCGAAGCACAGCGGGGUGGCCUCCAAGCUGACCUGGGAGAUGGAGCAGCAGCUUGGAUACUGCACCAAGUCAGACAUUGCCCGUUGACCCCCCGCUCAACACUAAGUACUCACACACACACAGACGAACACUACCCUUUUGAUGGAGGAUUGACCGCCGUUCGAUUUUGGGGAUUCUCUCCACAAAACUUAGACACGACGCUGUAGAUGAUCUGGGCUCCCCCC